UGGAGUAGGUAGAGUCGAGAGUGGCGGAGAGUGGUCCAGCGGGGCCUGUUAACGAGGUAUGGGAAAUGCGACCCCGGGCGUCAGUGACAAAUUCAGGGUGGAGAAGCAGACACGUCGCUUCCAGUGCGAGGGUCAUUGUAUUCCUCGCCCUUUGGAGGUUGUGUUCGAUGCGAGAGCAACUGUGCUCCUCCACUACCAGGAGGAGGUGCAAGCGGCGAAGCGUGCGAAUGAGGCGGUUCGGGCAGCGCGAGACGAGGCCAUUGCCUGCUAUGAGGAGGAGUGGGCCGACCCUGAGGAGAUUGCAUGCCGUGCAGAUAAGACUGGAGGUACGGGCCACGACACGGGGUGUGGCACUGGACAUGGCGCCUCUGCGAGCCGUGUCGUCCUUGCCACCCAUGCGAGGAGGGUCCUCGGUGUUGACAAUACUGACGAGGAGCACGGCAAUGAGGAGGACGACUCUUUAUUGCGGGAAGAUGGUUUGCCGCCCCCUGAUGUCGGCGCACGAUCUCAACCCCUCAAGCGCUCGGAUAGGCUGGUGAGCCGUGGCAGCAAAGGUGCACAGUCUCAGACUGAUUGUUCGCAGCACCUAGAGGACAUACAAGUCAAUGUGCCUGACGGCCCUGACCUUGAGCAGCGCACUCCGAUCGGUAGAGUCGCAUUACAGGAAAUUCCGUCAGACUUGCGGACGAGGGACUUCAUGGUGGGUGGAGAGGGUGCGUCCGCCAGUGGCAUUGGCAGACGCCAGCACGUUUGGGUGGGGGACAUGGCCGCCUACUAUCCGAGUGACAUGCAGAGGGAGGAGACUUGUGCAGAGCGUGAGGCGCUCAUUGAGGACGAGGAGGAGAGGCGUUUGGCGCGCAUUGAGUGGGCAGGUAAAGUGGGUUAUCUGGCAGAGCUGGAGCGUAUGCGACGGCUAGAGACCAUCAGUGCGGGUGACAUUAUUGAGGCUGUACUUGGAGAGGAUGUUGCCUCACAACCUUGGGGUGGGGGACAUGUCCUACCAGAUCCGCCGAUAUCGUCGCUUCCUUGCGCAGAGCACUCGACUGUGUCAAACCAUGCCACUUCGUCGCAAUCCUUAACUACGAGGGGGGAUGCGGGGACUCCACCUCCACUUGCAUCCCCUCCCAUGUCAGGCGGGGCACCGACAUCACAUACUCCUCUUACCUCGGACACGAGAGGAGGAUCAGGCACGAUCGAGUAUGAGUCAGAUGUUGUGUGUGACGUUGUGGUCAGACUUAUGGCACCCGAAGGUGCAGAGAUGGUGUACGGAUGGAGUCGGGAGCAGGAUGAUGCUGACGAUGACGCUGUGGGUUUAGAGGCGGACGAGGGAGACAAUAUCGGUGCAGUUGGCGGAGGACCGUCGAGUAGUGUGCAGGAGGAGGCAGAGGAUGAGGUUCUUGUAGCGGACAUGAGACGAGGUGAUGAGAAGGAGGUGGGAGGGCAGGGACUGCAGGUCGAGCCGGAGACGGAUCUUCACACGGGCGUCGACACACAAGGGGUAGAGACAGAUUUAUUGGAGAGGGCGGGCAUGGAGGAUCCGUUGACCGUCACCCCUAGUGGUCGUCACGGAUGCAGUGGUGUCGGGGAAGCAUCGGCCGUAGCUUACGCAUUUGCCAGCCCUAUAUAUUCUCGGUCUCGGGAGCCUGCAGCCUGAUGAGGUGGAGUUAAAGAGGAUUAGAGUGGAGCGAUGGCCAACUCACACUCAUAUGCGUACACCAGCG